GCCCGCCGGAACCGCCCCCCGUACCCCGCCGGCCUCUCCGGCCCGGCCAUGCCCGCCCCCGGCAGCCCGGGGCGCCGCGCCCGGCCCCAUGACGGGGCGGGCCCUGCCGGAGCGUGGGGCCGCGGGCGGGGCCGGGGCCGCCGCUGCUUCCCCAGCCGCCGUCUUCCAACGGCCGCCGGCCCGCGGCCGCCAUGGGGCUGUGCCUGCCCUGCAUGGGGGGCGCCGUCAAGGACGUGGUGGAGACGCCCGACCCGGAAAUAAAAAGAAGACAACUAGCAGAAGCUGCUGAAAAGAGGCAGAUGGAGGCUUCCUCUCGAGGGAUUAAGAACGUUUACUCUGUAGAGCAAAAGAAAAAGAAACAGGAAGAAAUAGAAAAAAGAAUGGCAGCUUCGGGUUCUGGAGGAGAAGGAGGACUAAGAUGGCAGGUUGGAUAAAGAAAUACAACUUACGGAGAGAAGACUGAUGUUUACUGCCAAUAACUUGCCAGUUUCUGCAGCAGAGCAGCACUUACCCAUCAUGUGGCUUUUGCUGUUUGCAUAUGAAGACCCAGCAGUACUUUGCCAUCGUGGGAGGACAGAUGUGGAAACAUCCAAUAAGAAACUUAAGAACUAACUCUGAACACUAAGUUUUGGCCAAAUUUGUUUGUUUUACGUGCAUGUUUUUAGUGCUUGCCUGUCAAAGGUGGGGAGAUGGGUUUUCUCACGUGGAAGUGCUCUCCUUACCUGUAGUCAGUCCGUACGAGUAUGUUGUCUGGUCAGUUAACGUAUGUAUGUAUGUAUGUCUGUGUGUGACUGGCUUAGGCACAGCUCAGGUGCCCACGUGGUGUUUUCAAUGCUUAUUUCAAGCUCUACAAUUCAAAUUUUCCCUAAGUCCUUACGUAGAAAGCUGUUCAUAAAUAGAUAUAUUUGAAUAUGCGGGUGACAGCAUUUCUGUUCAGUUUCCUAAUGACUUCUGAGCUGCUUAGGGAUUUAGUGCCUUUUUCAGAAAAGAAAGCAGAUUCACGGUGGGCCCUUGAAAAUGGAGGCAUUUUGUCGCUCUAGUUGAAAAAGAUAGAAACCUUUAUAAACGCUGUAUACUUGCAUAGCAAGAAAGCUGUUUUGUUACGAGUCUAAUAAUUGUUCUCAUUUUCUGAUGUGAAUUUCUGAUUCUGUAAGUAUUUAUAAUGAACACUGGAAGUUAAAUUAAAAAUACUGUCAUUGUUUUCCUUUAUUACCACAAGAGGGCAAUGCUGCACUUCUGAGGAUUUUGGAAAAAUGCAAAAGACUUAUUACAUCAUCUCUUAGAUUGUUCAUUUCCUAAAUUUUCUGUAGUAUCUAGGUGGGUUUGUCACAGUGCAGUAAUAUUUGCCAAAUACCCAACGCUCUGUGACUUUUAAUCAGUACCAGCAAUGUCUGUAAUCCCUCUCUCCAAUGUGAAGCUGCCUUUGAUUAUUUCGAGCUACCUAAACUGUGAUGUUACAACUGGAUUUUCAAACUAGUGGCCUUGAGCUGCUGCCUUGAUAGAUGAGGGAGAUUUGUUGCAGCAUGAUCAAGACUGAGAAUUUAGCCAGAGAGCAUUUUGCUUGGCCUCAGUGUGUUACUGGCCCCAUUUUUGACCUAUUUUAGGCUAUAAAGGCUUUUUUUAAACUAAAUAUUUCUUCUUUUACCUCCCCAGAUAGUGUUUCACACUGUCUUAGGAGCACAGACCUGACACAAUGAGCUUCCUGGCUUAGCCUGGAAUUGAGUUGAGCUAAAAGGCCGUGUCCUUCACUUUCCUUUGGUUGCUGGCAAUUGCUCUCUUCAGUGUAUUAGUUGGUCAUAGUGAAUUUUAAGUCUAAUGAAAAUGCAUUGAAAUAUAAUAAAAUAUACUAACCAUUCAUUUGAAA